UGUAUACAUGCUGUGUAGUGCGCUGCAGGUUAAACCGGCAAACACCGUGUCCAAAAUAGAAAGUAUAUUAAUUCAACAGAAGGUAGACAUGGAGGACGUUUAUCAGACAAGAGCUCGUUCCGCUGCGAGGUUUCAAUGAGGCAAACGAGGCAGUCACGGUGAGCAGAUGUUCAGGCUGCCCAUUACUCUGCUGAGUACGCCGCCAGAAGUGGAAGCAAACACAAGGUCACCGCAGACCAUGGCCUGUAAGCUGAGUAUCUCCUUGCACGAAGAAGACAAAAUAAAAUCCAGAUUCAGCACUGUUGCGUUUGAGCUCUCUGACUCAGACCUGCCCCUCCCGCAGCUGUAAGGAUACCCACAACUCCAUGUUCUCAUGUGAUCCUCCAUCAGUCUCUCCCAGAUGCACCGAACACAGAGCCACCGGAGCAAAGCAAAGUACCUCAAGAGGAAGAAGGGCUUCAUGUCUUCAGUCAAGGGAGUUUCUCAUCUGUCCAGGCGAACCAAGAGACGCUUGUAUUGUAAAUUACAGCUUUGGAUGUGGAGGAAGCGAAGAGAGAAAUGCCGUUUUGGGAUUUACAGAGCAAAGAAAAGAGCUUGUGGGAUCAGCUCUGGCUCCGGCCCCUGUCUCAGUUUAAAGGCACAAUCACAGAAAAAUAAAAGGAAAGUUCCAAUGUACCGGACACUAAACUUAGAAAAUUCGCAAGCCAGAGCUUCAUCUGUUGUGUCACCAAUUGGUGGUGAAGCUUCAGAGGACACACUUAGAGGGGAGGAUUGCCUGCUGAAGCCCCGUGAAUCUGUCAGUCUGUCAGAAACUUUCACUGCUUCCAGCUCCUUACACGACCAGGUUACAGACACGAAUGCUGCUGCAGCUACCAUAACUCAAACCAUACCAUCUCCAACAGCAGCACUCUUUGGGAAGUUUUGUGAAAUUGCAGAUCCUUCUAAAUAUUCUUGCACUGUCAAACCCCUGCUGAGCACAGAGGACAGUGAGGCAGAUAGAGGGAUUACGCUGUUUAAGGCACCAAGGACAAUGAUACCUCCUCAAAGGCUUGAAGUCAACUGCCCAUCAGGACAGCACACUAAUGUCACUCCAGGUCAGGACCAGGCUCAAAGCGAAGACACUGAUGAGAGAUUCACCAGUAACAAGUCUUCUAUCACUGAUGUCGGCCUUAGAGCCCUGACUAAGGACAUCCACGAAUUCCUCGAUGGCUUCUACAGAAUAUAUGGAAGUUUCAUCCCGCUACAAAAGAGUGACGUGUUGAGACAUCUGAAGAGGAAGUUUAAUAGUGAUUUCAGUGACAGGAAAAAUAUAAUUUUCUCAGAGGUUACCAAAUACAGAACUGCGAUCGUUCAGAAGCCUGUGCCCUCCUUCCAGGUGGUCUACAAGAAACACACACUGACACUGGAUGAUUUGUUGACACUGGCAGAUCAGAACUGGCUCAACGACCAGGUGAUGAACAUGUAUGGAGAAUUGAUUGCGGAAUCUGCCAGUCACAAGGUCCACUUUCUCAACAGCUUCUUCCACCGGCAGCUCAUGACUAAAGGAUAUGAUGGUGUUAAGAGAUGGACAAAGCAGGUGGAUUUGUUUUCUAAGAGUCUGCUUUUGGUGCCCAUCCACCUGGAGGUUCACUGGUGUCUGGUGACUGCUGACUUUGUCAAAAAGAAGAUCUGCCUUUACGACUCUCAAGGGAACGCGCUCCAGAAAGUUGCAAGGAACAUCCUGAAAUACUUGAUGACAGAAGCAAAGGAGAAGCAGCAAACGGCUUUUGAAAAUGGUUGGGCGGUGUCGUUCGAUGAGAAAAUCCCACAGCAGACUAAUGAAAAUGACUGUGGAGUUUUUGUGUUGGAGUAUUCUAGAUGCCUGGCACUCGCAAAACCUCUUCAGUUUUCACAGGAGGACAUACCAAAGAUACGCAAGAGGAUCUACAAAGAGCUCUGUGACUGUAAGCUCCAUGAAGAGGGCUGACGAGUAUCUGACAGUGUUAUGUCUGUGGGUUUUGCUCAUAAUAUGUGCUGCUUUGAAUUUGGGUAUGAAAUCAGCAGCCCACACUCUCUCUAAGUGCAGGGCUUCACUCCCAGCUCACAGCCUUACAGCACUGUGAGGAUAUAUAGGUGAUCUCAGCAGGAGAGAGUCACUUCUGUGUGUGGUGCACUGUUCAUGCUAAACCAUGAUCCUUGUAUGAUAGCUGUAUUUAUAUGGUCAAUAUUUAAUCAGGCAUGUUAUUUAAUAAAAGAAAACAUCUUAUUGUUCUGGGAGUUUACACAUCAACAGUGCACCAACAGAGCCUUACUGAACUGACUGCCUGUUGAAAUGGAUCUAAUCCGUCAUGGUACAUGUCUGUGUUGCUGUUUAAAAUAUCUGUUCACCUUAUUUGCACUUUGUUUUUUUGAAGUCUAAUCUUGCAUUGUUGACUUGUAGUUUGAGAUAUUUUGCAUCAUAGUUUCUGUUAGCACCAGAUGACUGAGUAGGAAGUAGAUGUAUUUUGUUUCUAAAGAAAGUUAUAGAACUGGACUCAGUCUCCAAUUUAUUAUUUUUGUUUGUUGCCUAAUAGGAAAUGUGUAAAUAAAGUUUUAAAUA